CUCUUAGCGGGGAAGAGUUUUAAGGACCAGGCUCUCAACUGCAGACACCACUUUUGAAGUCGCGGCAAUAUUUCUCUUCCUUUCAAUGAAGCUUCUUCCCUCCCUCCUUCCUCCCCCCCACCCGCUCGUCUCCCAAGAAUGCUUGGCUAAAUCGUUUGUAAUUUUUUUAAAUUUUUCCCUCUUUCAGCCGCUUCGCUUUAGCACGCCUCCCUGUUUAUUUUCCAGCUUUGAGAGUGGUUGUCUUCCUGUUCCCCACCACCGCCACCCUUUUUAAUAUUUUGCACGGUGCCAAGCUUGGGAGUUUUCGCAUAUUCGCCUCCCCUUUUCUGCAGCCUCCCUCCCCAGCCCCAUCAGAGGAAAUAUUACAAUGUUGCAAGCUGACGUAAGGACAUUACAAGGAAAGGGCUACAUUUCGGAAUGUUUAUGAAAAGCUUCGGUACUGUACUGUCACCAGGGGGCAUGCAAUAGAAUGCAUUUCGUCCAACAUUUGGGAUAAUGAUCAUUUAGAAAGCACUACGACCAAAACAAAAAGAAAAGCAAGAAAACGGGGGGAAAAAAGAGCGAGUGAGCUUCCAGCGAGCUUUGGAACCGGCGCCAGGCAGAGGAGCCAUGCAGUCAAACUUUCGGGAAGCCUUGGAUAUUUUUUCUGACAUUGCAGCUCGCCCUUGAGGAUCGCUUACUGAAUUCUCCGGAUUUUGUUUUGCUUCUUUUUUUCCCCUCCCUCCUCCCUCCACCUCUCCCGCCGUCUCCAGGCCCGGUUGAUUCGCUUUGCCCGUGGCGGCAAAGGAGGAGAGAAUCGAGCGAGCUCCCCAACAGCGAGGAAGCCGCAGCAAAACGCCCUGCCUUGCCUGCUUGCCUGCCUCUCUCCGCUGGCUGGCUGGCUGGCUGACUCUCCCGCACGGCUCGCUUGCCUUGGGAUCCAGUGUUGUUUUGAAGGGAGCUAACAUGGCGACGGUGCCCGUCUAUUGCAUCUGUAGGCUGCCCUACGACGUAACCCGCUUCAUGAUCGAGUGCGACGCCUGCAAGGACUGGUUUCACGGCAGCUGUGUUGGUGUAGAGGAAGAUGAGGCACCAGACAUUGAUAUCUACCACUGUCCAAAUUGUGAGAAAACCCAUGGAAAAUCUACUUUAAAAAAGAAAAGAAAUUGGCACAAACAUGACACUGGUCAAGCAACAGAAGUCAAGCCUGUCCAGAAUGGCAGUCAAGUGUUUAUCAAAGAACUUCGAAGUCGUACAUUCCCCAGUGCCGAAGAUGUGGUAAUAAAAGUGACUGGAAGCCAGCUAACAAUUGAAUAUUUGGAAGAAAAUGGAUUCACAGAGCCUGUUCUUAUUCCGAAGAAGGAUGGCUUGGGCUUAUCAGUACCGGCACCAACGUUUUAUGUUAGUGAUGUUGAAAACUAUGUUGGACCAGAAAGGAGUGUGGAUGUUACAGAUGUCACUAAACAGAAGGACUGCAAGAUGAAACUAAAAGAAUUUGUUGAUUACUAUUAUAGCACAAAUCGAAAAAGAGUCCUGAAUGUAACUAACUUGGAGUUUUCAGAUACAAGAAUGUCCAGUUUUGUAGAGUCUCCUGAAAUAGUGAAAAAGCUCUCAUGGGUGGAAAAUUAUUGGCCUGAUGAUGCUCUGCUGGGAAAACCAAAAGUGACCAAAUACUGCCUGAUUUGUGUGAAGGACAGCUACACAGAUUUCCAUAUUGACUCUGGUGGAGCCUCCGCCUGGUAUCACAUCUUAAAAGGAGAAAAGAUAUUUUAUCUCAUCAAACCAACCUCUGCAAAUAUCUCCCUCUAUGAGCGUUGGCAGUCAGCAGCAAAUCACAGUGAGAUGUUUUUUGCUGAUCAAGUGGAUAAAUGUUACAAAUGCACAGUUAAACAAGGACAAACACUCUUCAUUCCAUCAGGAUGGAUUUAUGCAACUUUAACACCUGUUGAUUGCCUGGCCUUUGCAGGACAUUUUCUACAUAGUUUAAGUGUUGAGAUGCAGAUGAGAGCAUAUGAAGUUGAAAGACGAUUAAAAAUUGUCAGUUUAACCCAGUUUCCCAACUAUGAAACAGCAUGUUGGUAUACAGGAAGAUACCUGCUGGAAUCAUUUAAAGGAUUGCACAAAGCUGGAAAGCAGCCUCCUUCCCAUUUAGUCCAGGGAGCAAAAAUUCUAAAUGGUGCUUUCAGGUCUUGGACUAAAAAGCAGGCUUUAAUGGACCAUGAAGAUGAACUCCCAGAACAUUUUAAGCCAGCACAACUGAUCAAGGACCUUGCCAAAGAAAUAAGAUUAAGCGAAAAUGCUUUGAAAGUCAGCAAACCUGAAGUGGCUGUUAAUGUGAAUGUUGAGGAAAUCACUCCUGUGGAGAAAGAAGAAAUACCGUCACCCCCACCACAAACGCCUCCGCCACCUCCUCCGCCACCAUCGCCGCCUCCUCCACCACCUUCUCCGCCGCCGCCACCACCUGAAAAAGUCCCUAAGAAAAAGACUCCCAAAGCAAUAAAAGCACCGAAACCCACCAAGCUACCUAAACCUCCCAAGCCACCUAAACCUCCCAAGCCACCUAAGCCCCCCAAGUCCCCCAAAGCCCCAAAAGUAAAGGGGGAAGGGAAGAAAAAAGGCAAAAAGGUUAAAGAACCGCCUCCACCUGCCAUUCCAAAUUUAGACCUUCUCGAGGCCCACACAAAAGAGGCUCUAACAAAGAUUGAAACACCAAAGAAGGGAAAGGCUGCCAAGAAUGCUUUGAACACCCCUACUAAAGAAUCUGUUGAAAAACAAAAUGAAGUGGAAAAGUUUGAGGUUCGGGAACAGAAUAAAUCCAAAACGGAAGCAAAAUGGAAAUAUAAGAACAGUAAACCUGAUUCAUUACUGAAAAUGGAAGAGGAGCACAAACUGGAGAAGACACCAUUAUCAGGAAAUAAAGACAAUAAAUUUAUGUUUUCUUUCUCCAACAAGAAAAUACUGGGAUCAAAGGGAAUGAAAACUCAGUUGAAUCCUGGUAUAUUUGGGUCACAGCAAAAUUUCAAAGAAGAUAAAGCAAAACCUGUGAAAGAUGAAUAUGAAUAUGUCUCAGAUGAUGGAGAAUUGAAGAUAGAUGAAUUUCCAAUUAGAAGGAAGAAAAACGCCACAAAGAGAGAUUUAUCAUUUUUAUCAGAUAAAAAAGAAACUACACAGCAUACUCCAGUGAAGAAGCCAAAAGUGGAAUCAGUAUUAUACAAGAGUGAUGACUCCUCUGAUGAAGAUUCUCUUCACAUUGACACAGAGGCCAAGCCAGGGCGCAAUUCUAAAGCAAAGAAAGAGGCUGCAAGUUCAGCUGGCAUUCUAGAUCUUUUGCAGGCAAGCAAGGAAGUUGGAGGUUUAGAGUACAACAGCAACAGUCAACCACCUGCAUCUCCCAGCACACAGGAAGCUAUCCAAGGAAUGUUAUCAAUGGCAAAUCUCCAGUCUUCAGACUCUUGCCUACAGCCUUCAUGGGGCACCAAUCAAGCUAAGAAUAAUUCCAUCUCUGCCACCAACUCCAAAAAAUCUGGAAGCAGCAAUAGCAAAAAUGCAGGCAAACGAUUGUUGAAAAAGACUGCAAAAAACAACAUUGAUAUUGAAGAUUAUGAUGAAGACCAGGACCACUUAGAUGCCUGUUUUAAAGAUUCUGAUUAUGUUUAUCCCUCCCUUGAAUCAGAUGAAGAUAAUCCAGUGUUCAAAUCUCGAUCAAAAAAGAGGAAAAGCUCCGACGAUGCACCGUACAGCCCCACAGCAAGAGUUGGUCCAUCAGUACCACGGCAGGACAGACCAGUCCGAGAAGGGACAAGAGUUGCUUCUAUUGAAACUGGACUGGCAGCAGCCGCUGCCAAAUUAUCUCAGCAGGAGGAACAAAAGGGCAAAAAGAAAAAGAAUACCAAAAAGAAACUAUCUCCCAACAAUGCCAAUAAAAUCCCUCAGGAAGGCAGCUCUCCUGAACCUCGGCUGGAGUGCCAUAGCAGUAGUUUAGCAGACCAUGAGUACACAGCUGGUGCCAGCACACUUGGGGUGGCCCAAAUGAACAGAGGCCCUCAGCCCAUGGCCCCGGGAGUUUUCCUUACACAACGGAGAGCCUCAUCAUCAUCACAGAAUAAUGCAGCUGCCAAAGGGAAACGUACAAAAAAAGGCAUGGCUACAGCUAAACAAAGGCUUGGGAAGAUUUUGAAAAUUCAUCGGAAUGGGAAACUUCUCCUUUAAAAUCCGGUCAUAAUUGGGACUAUCAAAGCUCAGCAUAUUCUGAGCUGUCACGCUAGCUCUUCAACUCUUGAAGGACUCCAGUAGUAUUGUGCAACAUCUUAGGGACAAUACCAGUUAACUUUUUGCCACCACUUUAAUAAAUUCUUUUUAACUUUCGGCAGUUAAAACCUGUACAGAUACUGCUAUAAAUAUUUUUUAAUAUAGACGUCCUUUCUCAAAUUGCUGAGAGUGACUAGUUAGCAAAAAGUUAAUACUCCGAGACACUGAGGAUCAUUCCAGUUUUAGGAAAGUAUCCCUUUAACUUGUUUAUAAGUGAGGAAAAAGCUGUUGUUUUUAAGAGUAUGCACAUUCAUUUCAAUUAUGCUUCUUUUAUCAAAGCUGAACCAAUUUUAAAGAGGUAUCUGGUUAAAAGGCAGAGUUUUUUUUAAAAAGUUUCUCAAAUUGACUUGUAGACAAGGGAAAGAAAUUUAUGCCAUGACUAUUUGAGAUACAACACAUGCAUGAAACAAUAUGCAUAAAGAAAUAAUCUAGGUUUCUUUAUCUGGCUCACGAUAAAUAUGUUUUAUUCAGAAGAUAAGUUAAAAUUGCACUUCAGCACUGCUAAAACUUUCCCUAUAACCAGACAUUGGAGAACUAUGGAUGACUUAAUUUAUUUUAUGUGCAAUGCAAGAUGAUUUUCUAAAAACAUUAUGGAUUAAAAAUCCAAUUUAAUUGGGUAAUGAUUUGGAUAUAGGUGCAGUUCUUUGGACAUCAAAAGGGUUUUUUAAUUAGCUUUGGUUGGUGUUGGUUUGCAUCUCUUUUCAUUAAUAAAUUUUGCCACUACCACUGUUUCUUAUAUAUAUAUAUUGUUUUAACUUUGGUCCCAUGGUAUGUUUUCCACACUCAAUGUCUUUGUUCUCAUAAGUGAAUAUCAAUGAGUGAUAGGAAUUAAAGAUCAGCAAACAGAAACAACCCUUCGCUCCCUGCUAAGCUCUCACAAUUAUGUGUAAUUGAGUAAAACAUUAGAAAUCAAUUGGUACCUCAAAGUCAAACUCUGAGAACAAUGACUCUUGACUGUACUUAUAUAACAUGGUUUACAACCUACAGAGGCUACAGCAAAAUCAAAUCAAUUGUACUACAUCAUUUUAAACUGUCAUUGUUUGCUGUGGCUUCUCAUGUUGUGUGAAUAGAGCCACCGUGUUUUUUUAAACCAUAGUUAAUGGAUUAAUGUGUUUACAUAGUCUGAAUUUGAUGAUUUUUUUUUCUCUUUCUCUCUCUCUCACUCUCACCUGUUCCAGUUAAAUAUUUGUUUACAUGACCAUGGAAACUGGAAGUAUUUCUUUCCCCAUGCCCCUAUAUUUUUUAUUCAGCAUUGCUGUUUUGAAAUUAUAUCCCCAUUAAUUUAAUUUCAUGGUAGGGUGGAAUCCACCAUUUAACUUGAUGAUAGCAUUGUAGCUUCUGCUUGGAUGCUCAUAAGGCACUGAUAACAUGUGAUAUUGGACAAUACGUAGGAAAAGAGAUGCCAGGCUCAUCCCAAGAUACUUUUGUUCUACAAAGUGACAAAGUGUCGGUUUUCUUUGUGCAAUCCGAGUGGGUAGCAGGCAUAUCAUCAUCAUCAUCAUGAGAGAGGGCUGUAAAGCACUGGUAUAUAAGUGGUAUAUAAGUCUAAGUGCUAUUAGUAUCUUACAAAAUGGCAUCCUUAGUCAAAUAUCUCUUUUCUUAUUUCUUUGAAGGGACUUUUAAUCUCCCUCUAUCAGUUCACACUUAAGUUCAUGACUGAUGAUUUACCUCAUAAAUCACUUACGUUAUCUUGAGAUGAAACAGAUGAAGACAGUGGUUCUUUUUUCACCUCCAUUUCCCUGGAUCAUGGAUUAAUCCCUGGAUCAUGUAAGCAAAUCAAGCAAAGCUCUUGUCCUGGAACCACUCCCACCCCCACCCAAGCACUUAUUUUCUGAUUUACAACCAAACCCUUUCCUUGAGCUGCUUAUCAGGAGAAAAAGUGCCCCAAACAAUAUUAUUUUCUCUCCAUAAAGGAAUACACAGAAACUUUUUAGAGCUUAUGAAUUUAGUAAUAUAAUAGAUCAGCUGUUUAUAUAUAAACCUCGGUUGCAAGACCUGUAAUGAGUUAGCAAGAAUGUGCAGCCCUAUCAAGAGAGGUAUUCUGACAUUCAUAUCCAUUCAAGCACUUCCUUUCAGAUACGCUUGUCUGAAGGAACAAGGGCUGUGCUCACCUAAGCGUCAGGCCGGAUGAGAGCCGAACUUAUGGACAGUUUAACUGGAUACUUAUUGCUUCUGAACUCUCUUAGUGUUUGGUGUAGAAUGCAUUAUAUUUUACAUUAAACUAGCUUGUCUGCAUAUAAACACUUAGAGCACAAUCCUAUGCAUGUUUACUCAGAUAUCAAACCUGUUGUAUUCCAUGGAACUUACUCUCAUGUGUAGAGUACUGUGUACAGGAUUGUAGCCUUAAGGCGUUGCAUUUGUUUCUCAGGCAAUUCCAGAUUUUCAUUUAUAGAUACGUGUCUGAAAGCAUAUUUUUUCAUAGAAUCUAGCCUGUAAAUAGCUUUUUAAAGUACCUUCUUUUUUAUAAGAUCGAAGUAUCUUUAGACAUUUCUUUCUAUAGAAUAGUUCAUUAACCUUUAUACAAAUUUUUUGCUGAGUAUUUUGCCGAGUAUUUUAGGUUUCUUGACUCUGAAAGAGAUACUCUGUUUUUGUCCUCAAUUUAAUUCCUUUUACUCCCUUUCUUAAUUUUGGCAUUGCCUGAAAAACAAGUAAAAUGUUGUGCAGCCUUAUACAGAAUCAAAUAAUAGUACAAAAUUAUCUAUUUAAGAUACAAUAUGAAGAAGAAUCUUCGACUUUAUAAUACCAGCUCCUUGUCUCAAUUCUUGUAUUAUGAGGGGAUACAAUUAUUUUAUUAGCACCUUGUGAAGUGUUUCUGUGUUUUGUGAUGAUGUAAUUUAUUAAUGUUUGUAGCUUUUUAUAUUUGUACAUUUCUUAUGAGCUUUGUUUAUAUACACAUUACCUGGAUGUGAUGUCCAUGAGGAAAAAAUAAAACAGCUAUAGAAAACAACUGAGGCCUUAUUAACUGACCUUUCUAGUUAUGGUGAGGGACUGGGUCUGAAUUCUUGGCGUCAAAAAUGUUAGUUGAAUAGGGCCCCAGAGUUAAGCAAGUUUUUUAAAGCUUCCCUAGUAUACUGUUAUUGUCAGCAUUUAUAUAUUAUAACGCAGACAUCAUGCUGGUUUUAUUAUUAUUAUGUUUAUGUUUAUGAUUAUUAUUUUCACAACAUGUACAUUUCUAAGAAAGUUUAUUGUGGCUAUCUAUUACAGUGUUUUAUUUACCAAUUCAUAUCAAAUGCUCUUGUAUCAAGUCCAUGAAAUCUAAGUAAACUUAGAUCAAAAUUUUAAAAGUAAAAUAUUUCAGGUUUUGUAUA